AACUCCCAAAACUCAUUUUCGACUCCCGGCCCCCAAAACUCCCAAUUCUCAAUUCUUUUCUCUCAUCUUCCCAUUCUACUCCAGCACCUCUUGUCGCUGCCGUAUUUGUGUUGCUGCCGCCGGCGGCCCGCCGACUCACUUGAACAGCCAUCGCUGCCAUCCAUCCAUAUCCCUAGAAAAACAGACAAAUACAAGCAAUGAACUCGGCGGCUCGGAGUGUGUGGAACGUUUUCAAACGGUCGAGUCAGGGCGUCGACUCAGUGAGCCACGGGCACCAUCAUCGUCAAGAACAAUGGAGAGGGAUUCGGGUGAAGGUCUUCAACGGGAACCUGGAGUCGGCGCUGACGUUUAUGCAGAGGAAGAUGCAGUCCAGUGGGAUCGAACGGAUGAUAAAGCGCGAGCAAACCCACCACAUCAAGAACUCUGAGAAACGCGUCUUGGCUCGCAAGAACCUCCAGCGUAUAAUCAAAUCUCAGGACCUCGCUCGCAAGCUCAAGGCCAUCCUCUCCAAGAAAGUCAGAGGCCUGUGAGAAUAUAUGGCUCAAGCAGAUGCUUGAUGGACAUAUAAACCAUGUUACUCGGUGUAUUGGAAUCGAUCUAUGUGGUUCUGCAGGAAGCCUUUACUCUAUGAGGAAUUCAACUACUUCAGUAAAUUGGAAAUUUAAGUGCAAGCUCAAUUCUCUCUGUGUUGUUUUGUGGAAUAUAUUUAGCAUUAAUCAAUGGAAGU